CGCUGCCCCAGCCGCCGCUGCCGCCUGCGGGGCUGGAGGAGGAGGCGGUGGUAGAGGCAGAGCCGGAGCCGCAGCGGUAGCGGCAGCGGCGGCCGGACCGGGGACCAGAACUGUGGCAGAGCAGGGCCGGGCUGAGGCCGGAGCCUCCAAAGCCAUCCUUGAGACCUGAAGGAUCCAGUGUGGAUCCCGUGUGCUUCCUUGGCAGUGCCCCCCUUCCCAGCCAUGCCAACCGGCGGAUGAGACUUGAGGCUCUGAUGGAGCAGCUGCAGAAGCAGCAGCAUCCUGCUCCUGUACAAAUGGAUUCCAGGGAAAGGCAGGAGCGGCAGAUGAGAGAAGCCCAGCUGCUGUAUGCUCAGCAGCUGGCAGCCCAGCAGGCCAGUCUCACCUCCCCAUCUACCAAGGCUUCCUCAAGUUCUGCUCUGGGGCAGAUGGCCAGAAUUCCACCAGCAACAGCAGCCUCUAGGGUCCUGAACUCGGAAGCUGAUGAAGAAGAGGAAGGGCUACUGGAAGAUGAGGAAGGGAAUGGGGAAGAGGCAGAGAUCCCUGAGAAAGAAGCCCAACGUUCUUCUAAAUAUUUCCACAUGCAGAAAGUGACUCGUCAUGACCCCAGAGCUACCCCUAUGUCAAAUCCUCCUCCUCUUCCAGCCCCGGGGCUACAGAGGGGGCUGCAUAUCAAAGAGGACCAUGCUAAAGAUGCUCCAAAAGCUUCCCCUUCUGUCUCAGCAUCUGGCCACCCAACCUGGAACCUGGAGGAGCAACUUAAGCAGAAUGGCGGUUUGACCUGGGAUGAUGCCGAUGGAGGACGGGGAAGAGAGAUCUCGAGAGAUUUUGCUAAGUUGUAUGAACUGGACAGUGAUCCUGAGCGGAAAGAGUUCCUGGAUGACCUUUUUAUCUUCAUGCAGAAGAGGGGAACUCCCAUCAACCGGAUCCCCAUCAUGGCCAAGCAGAUCCUGGACCUGUACAUGCUCUACAAGCUGGUCACUGAGAAGGGGGGCCUGGUGGAGAUCAUCAACAAGAAGAUCUGGAGGGAGAUCACCAAGGGCCUCAAGCUGCCCACGUCCAUCACCAGCGCGGCCUUCACCCUGCGCACCCAGUACAUGAAGUACUUGUACGCCUACGAGUGUGAGAAGAAGGCGCUGAGCUCUCCGGCUGAGCUCCAGGCCGCCAUUGAUGGCAACCGUCGGGAGGGCCGUCGGCCCAGCUAUAGCUCCUCCCUCUUCAGCUAUUCCCCCACCACGCCUGCCGGGCCUGCCUCUCUGCUCUCCCCUCCAAAGAUCCGCUUCCCCAUCCUUGGACUCGCCCCCGGCAGUGGUGGGACUGGUAGCCCCCGGCUGCCCCCCGCAGCAACUCUCAGGAAAGGUGAUGGGGUCGCCAUGACGGUACCCAUGCCCAGCCGGCUGGCUGUGCCGGUGACCUUGGCGGGCAGCCAGCAACCAGGUACCCGCACCGCCACCCUGGAGCAGCUGCGGGAGAGGCUAGAGGCUGGGGAGCCUCCUGAGAAGAAGCCGUCGAGGAUGACCGAGGAGGAGCAGCGCUUCAUGCAGCAGGCUUUCCGUCGGAACCUGCUGAGCGUGGCCCGGCAGCUCCCCAUGAAAGUAAAAAUCAACGGCAGGGCAGAAGAUCGCUCUGAGGCGGCAGCGGCACUGAACUUGUCCAUGAGCGGCAUCGGCAGCAUUAACAUGUCUGUGGAGAUCAACGGCACCAUCUACGCAGGUGUGCUGUUUGCCCAGAAGCCUGUGGUCCACCUCAUCGCCAGCCCAGCCCCUCAGAGUACCUGUAGCAGCAGCAGCAGCAGUGUCAGCUCCCACUGCUCGCCAAGUCCUACCUCAUCACGGGGCACCCCCAGCGCAGAGCCCUCCACCAGCUGGGCCCUCUGACGGGUCGGGAAGCUCAGCUUCCCACCUCAAGAGCCAGGAAAGGAGCUGAACAGUUUUUACCUCAUCUCCCAGCACCCACUUCCAAGACCAUCCAGCUGGACAGAAGGGGCCCUGGCUGGCCCAUCUGUCUGGUCCCGUUCAAGUCCUGCUGUGCCCUGGGGAGGGAAGGAGCUGGAGGGAAGGGAGGGGCAGUGCUGGCCAAUCAGCCGAUGUCUUAGUUGAUGGGGAGGGGACGGGUGUCUCCCAACCUGGAGCAGCACAGUGUAUUGACAAUCUGAGAGCCGGCAGGGGAUUGAAUUCCCCUCAUAAGCCUUCCCUUAAUUUAUUUCCCUUCCAACUUGCCUGUCAUUGUCACACCAUUUUCACUGACUCAUCCUGCCAGCUCUGUCCUUAAGCUUUAUCCCUCAUCCCUCUCCCAAAUCAAGUGGAAAAGAUUUUCUCUAAGGAGGCCCUGUCACCUCCCCCUCUCCCCAGUGGGAGGGGUGGACACCUCCCUUAGAUCCAUUCCACCCACCCCACCUCCCGGAGGUCUUGGGUUCCCUGGUAUGGCUCACAUCCCCUGUAAGUCCCAGGGCUCUGCCUGCUCCCAGAUGGGGCCUGGGGCCCACACGUAGCCUUGGGGAGCCCCAAAGCACUGCUGUGUUACUUCUGAGGAAAGGGGAUCACUUCUCAGGGUCUUGUCCAGUCCAAGGUCACCCAAGGGUACUCCCCCCGUCCCAUCCCAUCCCAAAGAAAAACUGCCCUUUCAUGAUCCUUCUCCCCCAUGGUCCUUCAAAUCCACACACCCCACACUCCACUGGUCAGGCCAUCUCUUCACUGUCCUCGCCUUCCCCAUGGCCCUUCCCAGUCCCACAUCUCCCUCCCCCCUCCAUCCAUCUCUAGGGGCCGAAUCAGCACCCCACCCCCAGGUCCCCUAACCUGCCUGCAUCGGGUUCUCUGAAAUACCUCAGCUUUGUAAUUGUUGAUGUUUGAUUCUUCAGGAAGUAUUGGCAUCUCUGAAAUCUUUUUAUAUGUGUUUUGCUGACUCUGUUUUUUAUUUUUAUUAUAAUUAUAAUUAUUAUUAUUAUUGUAGCACCAAAGACAAAAAAAGCACCCCACCCCCAAAGCUAAGCAAAUAGCUUGGUAUCCCAGGCCUAAUGGCCCUUCCUCAGGACUACGGAGAAGGGACCAGGAAGGCAAGAGGCAGAUGACUCAGGGAUAGGAGCCAGAGAGGAGAUGGGUGGCUUAGACUCAUUCCUCACACCAGCUCGGGUUUCCAGACUCUCCCCUCGGAGAUCGAGGGCCCUCUCCUGCCACAACGGGGUUCAUCAUAACUUCCUCCAACCCCAAUGCCAUCCUGCGUUUGGGGGCCACACUCAUGCCCCUUAAAAGGCACUGUUGAGCCUCUGGUCUUUGUUGCUUGGAGCCAGAGAGCUGAGUUUUCUAGCUGCCCCAGAGGUGAGUUAGGUCUCCCACUUGCUUCCUCCUCAGCCCGGGCCCGCAGCCUGCUGUCUGAAUGUUGUGACAAGAGGCGCUUCUUGCACAGAGAUCAGUGAACUUGUCUCCUGUAGGGGAGCGGGCACCUCCCAUGCAGCCCUUGUCAGUGCUUCGUCACUCUAGACCGUGCCGGCUCUGGUGGAGAGCACAGACUACGAUCUCAGUCCAACUCAGGAACGUGAGCGCACAGUAGAUCCACGUGGCCCGGCCUCCUUUCCUCAGCCAGCUCCUCUCCUGGCACUCAGAGACCCGCCCACUGAGUCAGAUCUCGUGCAGCUGGAGGUGGCAUCUCUACAAACCAGCAUCACCAAGAUGGGAGUCGGGCUGAGGGUGGAGGUAACUAGGCCUUCCUUGCUGGCUUGUCCCAGGCCCCUGGCUCCACUCCUCGUGUAACCAGCCUGUCGUUCUCGGGUGUUCUGUCACAUGGGAUGGGCAGCAUAGGAUGUCUCUGCAAUCACUCGGCCCCACCCGACGAGGCCAGCCUGGCCUCACCACAUGUGAGCAGACUCCACAAGGGCAGCAGCAGCCUCCCAGCAUGUGGAGGUGCACCAAUGGAGGAGGACACAGGCGAAGGGCCCUGGCUCCAAGAUCUGCUUCCCCAGAAAGGACGUUUUUUUUAACCAAACAGGGAGGGUAGCCUUGCUCCCUCUCACCCCCUCCCCCAUAUCUUAUAUAUUCUAACAGAAAAAAUGUGAUAGCACAUGGGUAGCCUAGGCGGUGGAUGAAUACCUCAGAUGUCUUCUUACAGCAAGGGUCUGUAUAUGUUGUUGUUUUUUUCUAUCUUACACGUUCUCUGAAUGUUUAUAUUCCAAUAAACUUCUACCUCUUCACAUGAA